GUUAGUCAAGCAAUACAACUUUCGACGUUGAGCCGGGGGUCUCUUUGGAAACAGCCUCUCUACUUUCGAGUAGGGGCAAGGUCUGCGUACACACACCCUCCCCAGACCCUACUCUUGUGGGAUUUAACUGGGUUGUUGUUGUUGUUAUUUGUUUGUACCUCUCGAUUCUUUUGACAAUAGAAAUUGUUGUCAUAAAUGACAACAACACUUCAAGUGUUCUGUUAAAAAAAUUGAUAGGAAAUACGGAGUAACAUUUUUUCGAGCAUAACAUUGUAGUGCACGCACACAUGUCUCUCUUGACCGUUUCUUCCUCACCUCUCUUCCACAAAUUAACCUUUCCUCAUUCCAACCUUCAUUCCCCUCUCCCAUGAUUUCUCGAUCAAUUUUCUCUCUCUCCUUCCCCCCGUCAUCUUCACAUCGAAAGUAUGUAUCGACACACAGAAUAAAUAAAUCCGCCGCACUGGACACAUCUCCCGCUUAGAACCUGGCGAUCGGCGUCUUUGUCACCGGAAAUGGCGGUUUUCUCGGCCAAGUUCUUCUUCCUCCCCGUCAUCAUAUGGAUUUUAUUCCGGGUUACUACCAAGCUGAUAUUUCUGAUUUUGAGAUGUGUUAUGGGAGUGACUGUGGAGUUUCAUGUAUCAGGAAUGAGGAGUUUGAGAAAUGUUGUAGUGAAGUUAAAAAAGGGAUCGGUUGAGAGCAUUUCAGUUGGAGAAAUCAGAUUAAGUCUACGCCACUUGUUGGCUAAACUUGGGACUGGUGUUUUGUCCAGGGGUCCAAAAUUGAAGGUGCUAAUAUAUGAUCUGGAAAUUGUUAUGAAGGCUACCCGAACGGCCACUCAGAACAAAAGGUCCCGCUCCUCUCAGAAAACCCGUAAGCCAGGUUGCAGAAAGUGGAUGUUCCUAGCUAAUAUGGCAAGAUUUUUGUCAGUAUCUAUAACUAAGCUGUCUUUCAGGACACCGAAGGUUGCUGUGGAGAUUAAAGAGCUGUCCCUUGAUACAUAUAAAGAUGGUGGAUCCAAGCCAAAAUUAACUGUGAAUUUGAAAGUGGUGCCUGUUCUCGUAUAUUUAGGUGAUAGACAGGUCAAUUAUACUCAGUCUUCGUUGCAUGGUGGACACGUUCCUUCCUACCAGACAUUAGUAGCACCGUUAGAGAAGACAUCUGCUCCUUCUAUAUGUGAAGAGUUUUCUCUCUCGUGUGAAUUUGGUCUUGAUAGGGAAGCUGGUGUUGUAGUUAACAGUUUAGAUACCAGAUGUGGAGAUGUUUCUUUAUGCCUAAGUGAGGAGCUAAUUUUAAAAAAGAAAAAUGCAGCAGAUGCUUUCUCCCAGGUUGAUGAUGUUGUAAAAGUGACCAAUGACUCUGCUGCUACUGAAAAACCACAGAAAAAGCAUGCUUCAUUGGCUAUAGAUAAAUAUGCUUCUCUGUUUCCAGAAAAGCUUAGCUUCAGUCUCCCUAAAUUGCAUAUGAAGUUUGUGCACCGGGGAGAGGGUCUCCUCAUGGAGAAUAACAUAGCAGGCAUUCAGUUGAACGGCUCAAAAUCUCAAAGAACUGAAGAUGUGGGAAAAAGCACUCGACUUGAUAUACAGAUGGAAUUCAGUGAGAUCCAUCUACUUGAAGAGGCAGGCAUUUCUAUUUUGGAGAUUUUGAAACUUGAUUGUAUCUCUUCCAUUUAUAUCCCGACUGAGCCAACCUUGCCAGUUAGGGCUGAAAUUGAUAUUAAGCUAGGAGGGUUGCAAUACAAUCUGAUAAUAACUAAAUUAACUCCAUGGAUGCGGCUUCAUUUUUUAAAGAAAAAGAAAGUGGUGCAUCGGGUAGGAGGCUCUACUUCUGAAAAACCAAAAUCAUCUGGAUAUAAAUCCAUUAUAUGGGCAUGCACUUGUACUGCUCCAGAGAUGACCAUUGUGAUUUAUGAUUUGAGUUCCUCACCGCUGUAUCAUGGUUGCUUGCUAUUAUUGCAUGCCUCAGUCAACAACACAUCUAGCUCUGGCAUCGCAGCACACACAGAACUCGGUGAAUUCAAUCUACGCAUGUCUGAGGAGCAUGAAGAAUGCUUAAAGCAAGCCGUAUUUGGGAUUGAAACUGCAAAUGUGAACCCAUUAACACACGCAGAAAAGGUGAGCAUAGAUUGGGGGAAAAAGGAUAUAGAGUCUUCUGAAGAUGGUACGGCGUGUGGUCUGGGUCUUCGUGUUGAUGUAGCUGGCAUGAAUUUUUUCAUAACCUUAAGGACUGCAAGUAUUACAUCUACUGCCUCAAAUGACUUGAAGGAAUUGAAGUAUGAUGUUUCCCUUGAAGUUCUCAAUUUGAGUCUUUCCAAGAACAAAGAGAAACAAACUGAGCAAAUGGAGCUGAAGAGGGUCAUAUCUGUAUAUCAAGAACACUUGGAAGGAAAUAACAUUGCAACUAAAGUUACAUUGCUUGACAUGCAACAUGCGAAGUGUGUAAGGCGAUCUGGUGGUCUUAAAGAGAUUUCUAUUUGUUCUCUCUUCAGUGCUACUGAUAUAUCUCUGAGAUGGGAGCCUGAUGUGCAUAUAGCAUUAGUUGAAUUGGGACUACGGUUGAAGUUACUUGUGGCAAAACAUAACGUUAAGGAACCUAUUAAAGAAGAUAGUGAACCAAAGAAAGAGACCUCUGCUGCAGAAGCACUUGAAAAACAGAAAAAUAAAAGAGAAACCAUUUAUGCGAUUGAUGUGGAAACACUUAAUAUAUCUGUUGAAGCAGGGGAUGGGGUUGAGGCCACCAUCCUGGUACAAUCUAUAUUUUCUGAAAAUGCAUGGAUAGGCUUACUUCUUGAAGGAUCCAUUCUUCAUUUUAACAAUGCACGAAUACUUAGAAGCAGCAGGAUGCAAAUUUCUCGGAUCCCUAAUUCCUCCUCCAACAGUUUGUCAAAUGUUAAAGGGGGAAUCACCGCAUGGGAUUGGGUAGUUCAAGCUCUAGAUAUUCACAUAUUUGUACCAUACAGGCUGGAAUUGCGUGCUAUUGAUGAUUCUGUUGAGGAAAUGAUUCGAGCUUUGAAGCUUGUUACUGCAGCUAAAACUAAACUUGUGUUUCCAAACAAGGAAGAGAAAAGAAACCCCAAAGUACCAGGUUCAUCAAGAACUGGGCGAGUAAGAUUAUGCAUACGUAAACUGACCGCAGAACUAGAAGAAGAACCACUACAAGGCUGGCUUGAUGAGCAUUACCAUUUGCUGAAGAAUGAAGCUCGAGAAUUAGCUGUCCGUAUGAGCUUCCUUGACAAACUUGCCUCUAGAGGUGUCCAAUCUCCUAGUGUUGAGAACCAGAAUGCUGAUGUUCUUGAAGGAAAGAUUCUUUUAAAUGGAGAGGAGAUUGAUUUGCAGGACUCUUCAGUUAUCCAGAAACUGCAAGAGGAAAUGUAUAGGCAGUCAUUCCGGUUGUACUACCAGGCAUGCCAGAAUCUUGAGCCAUCACAAGGAUCAGGGGCUUGUAGAGAAGGGUUCCAAUCUGGUUUCAGUCCUAGUGCUGCCAGAAUUUCACUUUUCUCAUUGUGUGCCACAGAAUUAGAUGUAAGCUUGACAAAAAUUGAAGGAGGUGAUGCUGGGAUGAUUGAACUCCUUCAGAAGCUAGAUCCUGUAUGUCGUGCACAUAACAUUCCAUUUUCACGACUGUAUGGAAGUAAAAUCAAUUUACAGACAGGUUCCCUUGUUGUUCGGAUAAGAAAUUACACAUGUCCAUUAUUUGCUGCAACUUCGGGAAGAUGUGAAGGCCGCCUUGUGAUGGCUCAGCAGGCAACAUGUUUUCAACCCCAAGUUCGACAAAAUGUCUAUAUAGGGAGAUGGAGGAGGGUCUCUUUACUUCGUUCAGCGAGUGGUACAACUCCACCAAUGAAAACAUAUUCAGAUUUGCCCUUACAUUUUCAGAAAGCUGAAAUUUCCUAUGGGGUUAGUUUUGAACCAUCGUUCACUGAUAUCUGCUAUGUUUUCUCUGUGGCUCUUCGCAGAGCCAAUUUAAGUAUUAGGAACCCAAACCCUGAUCCUCCUCCACCUAAAAAGGAAAAGAGCUUGCCGUGGUGGGACGAAAUGAGAAACUAUAUUCAUGGUAACACAUCUUUAUACUUUGCUGAAACCAGAUGGAAUAUUCUUGCUACAACCGAUCCCUAUGAAGAGUCUGACAAGCUCUUGGUCUUAUCUGGUCUUAUGGAAGUGAAACAAUCUGAUGAUGGAUCUUUUUGUCCUUUCCUAGAGGCCCCAGACUUCAAUGUUGAGGUAACUAUGGAAUGGGAAUGUGAUUCUGGAAAUCCCCUUAAUCAUUACUUAUUUGCACUUCCAGAUGAAGGUGUUCCUCGCGAAAAGGUUUAUGAUCCCUUCAGAUCAACUGCACUGUCACUGUCCUGGAAUGUUCUGCUUAGGCCCUCUUGUCAUAGUCAAUCAGAGCCAGUGGCCCCGUUUUGGAGUUCCUAGGAUUCCAAGAUCUGGGAAUCUGUCAUUAGACAAAGUAAUGACAGAAUUCAUGUUCAGGAUUGAUUCAACUCCUACAUGCAUAAGGUAUAUACCGCUAGAAGAUGAUGAUCCAGCUAAGGGUUUGACAUUUGAGAUGGAAAGAGUGAAAAUAGAACUUUAUCUUGGUCGCGGGCAACAAAAAUUUACGUUUGAAAGUGUGCGUGAUCCUCUCGAUCUUGUUUAUCAAAGCGUGGAUCUUCACAUGCCCAAGGUAUUUAUUAGUAAAGAAGAUUGCAUGAG